AUGCGUUUCCCUCUUCUUAGACGACUCUCUCAUCUUAUUCACCGCCGCCCAAAAUCAGAAUCAUUCGCCACAGAUGUCUUAAAACAGCUUGCUGAAGUCCUUGCCAAUGAAGACGAAUCACUUCCUCGUUCACAAUCCUUAGACGAUGCAACUGAGAAGAGAGAUCCCUCGAUCCUUCCACCCCAUUAUUUCGACCUACCCCCACAGAGUCCGCUUUCAAGCUCUAUUAAUGAUCUUCUCAUUGUGCUAUCCAAUCUUGAACGGCGUAUACCACUGCUCGAAGAUGCAAAUGCCCUACUAAAGCAAGAUAUGGAGAGGCUCGUAUUCGAAUCUCAAUUACGGGAGCAAGAAAUCAACCUCAAAGAAGCUCAGGCUGUCAGACAAUCAUAUCUCUCUCAAAUACACCACGAACCCCAACAGAUACAAAUGCAACAGGACCAGACACGCCUCGAGAAUAUCGCCUUGGAAGAUUUCCUGAUCAAGACUCUGGCGUCGUAUCCAGCCGAUCAUGUUUUCAACAAGAUCGCCGCCGCUAUCGAUGCUGGCUCUUCGUUUGCAAGCGCUAUCGUGACGGUCAUACGAGAAGAGAUAGAAACUUUACCUAACAGUCCUUGGUCGAAACUUGUGCCCGCUAUCGUUGGUCCACGCUCAGCAGAUCAAUACACUUCUGCCCUCGGUAUCGUUCUUAAAGCCCGUAAAGAUCUUAGGAAUAGCCAAAAAGCCUCUCAUUUUUGGAAGCAGCAAGCUAAAUUGGACGAUGUCAAUGCAGAUGUGAUCACACCUUCUUCUUCGAUUCUAUCUGACAUUCAAGAGCCCCUUUCGGAGGAACGGCAACGCGCUGCGAGUGAUUUGUUGCGAAAGCUGAGAAGUGGGGAAAUUCCUAUCAGGAGUCAGGUUGUUACACAGGCCGCACCGGUCGAGGCAGAUCCACAAGAGAAAACCUCUUCUUCACCUUCUGUCUCGCUUCAAAUGUUUGGGUCAGUGACUCCACUAACUGGUUCCACUGUGGAAUCAUCGUUGAAGGACGUUUCCGAACCCGUCUUUACUUCUACUGCUGUCGGUGUCAAACCCGGUGUACCAUGUUUUGGGCGGGAGGAAUACAAGGAUAGUACUGCAGUCGUUAACACUCCUAAUCCAAUGCUCCCAUCCUCGACGACUCGUUCUCUUGCUACCGCGGUCAGCAUAUCGACCGUCUCCUCCUCUUCUGUUUCAUCCUUUGCAUCCACGGACCUUCCUGAAAUUUGGGAACUUGUUACACCGGCAUCUCUUACUCCAAAAAUCACCGAGAACGUUUUCAACACGCGUUCGCGGGAUGCGCAAGACAUUGGUUCAUCUCCUAUACCUCCUCCGCGACCGCCUCGACCUAUUCCACGUAUCAGUCCUUUCAGCGGUCUCGAGACGAUCGAUGAGGCCGAUGAGCCUGCUUCUCGGUCCUCUUCCUCUAACUAUGUCUCCUCAUUAACGUCGACCUCAAGUAAUGAGGCAGUACCCGAAGAUACCACAGUCGACCUGUCUACUCAGAGCGACCUCAUCAAUGUCAUUGUAGAUGAAGCCAAACCACCAGUACAACAGACUGGGCCACCUUACGAAUCACCCGCCAAUCUAGUACAAUCACUGGUGUCUCCGUCUGCUCAGGGUACUGAGUCGUCGAUAAAGCCCAAGUCACCAAUGAUGGUUGCCAUGUCCAGAUUGCCCAGGAGGUUGUCACUUUCUUUGACGAAAUCAGGGAAGGAGAAAGAGAAGAACAAAGAGGACGAGAGGGCGAAGGAGAACAGUGGGAAAGGAAAGACGAAAGACAGCGAGAAGCCGUCGACGGCGGCGCAACCCACAACUAUUCCUCGGCGACUCCAGCAGAGCAAGUCUGUCCUCGCUGUUCGGACGAAUACUCUUGUUCCUUCUGCUACUCUCAUCCCUCCUCCACUCAAAAAGUCAUCAAUACCUCCACCAGAUCAAGUGAAGCCUAAAUCUCGACCUCGGUCCAAUAGCGGGGCAAGUGCUCGACCGACGAUAUCGUCUGCUUUGAAACACGCAUCUACUACACCCAGAAAACUUAAUAAGUCGGAUAAAGAGAAUAUGAGUGUUUCUGGGAGAGGUGUAUCUCCCACUAAACCUCGGAUGAAGACGAAGACCGAAGGUAGUAUGGAUAGGCUGGGAGGUCACGUCAAGCUCGGGAGAGUUGUAAGGAGGAGAGUGGUGUAA